GGUCCCAGAGGCCGGCUGUGGUUCCCGAGAGGGAGGCGAAGUGGCGGCCUUAGGAGGAGAUUCCAGGGGUGGGAGAGGGACGCUCAGGGACGAGCUUCCCUCGGGGCCUCCGCCUCCGUCACGUGGGUGCGGGACCCGGCGGCUGCCGGUCGGUCUGCUGGUUGGUCAGACGGUUGGUCGGUGGGACGGUGGCCUGUAACUGAGUUUUCCGCUCUCCUGUUCGGAGGUGGGAGGGGCACAAGAGCGGCCCGCACACCUGAUCUGCCCGGAGAGAAGCGGCGGUCCCGCAUCCAGUAACAGGAAGAAGAGACUAAGCAGGCAAAAAGAGUCAUGGCAUUUGAUGCUAGUCAUGCCCUGGAAGCUGCCUUGGAGCAGAUGGAUGGGAUCAUUGCAGGCACUAAAACAGGGGCAGAUAUUAGUGAUGGUACCUGUGAGCCUGGACUGUCUUCCCCAGCCUCUUACAUGAACCCCCUCCAUCUCAUCGAGGACUUGAGGCUGGCCCUGGAGAUGUUGGAACUUCCUCAGGAGAGAGAAGCCCUCCUGAGCCAGAUCCCUGGUCCAACAGCUACCUACAUAAAAGAAUGGUUUGAGGAGAGCUUGUCCCAGGCAAAUCACCAUGGUGCUGCUAGUAAUGAAACCUACCAGGAACGCUUGGCACGUCUAGAAGGAGAUAAGGAGUCCCUCAUAUUACAGGUGAGCGUUCUCACAGACCAAGUGGAAGCCCAAGGAGAGAAGAUUCGGGACUUAGAAGUGUGUCUGGAAGGACACCAGGUGAAACUCAAUGCUGCUGAAGAAAUGCUUCAACAGGAGCUGCUAAGUCGCACAUCUCUUGAGACCCAGAAGCUUGAUCUGAUGACUGAAGUGUCUGAGCUGAAGCUCAAGCUGGUUGGCAUGGAGAAGGAGCAAAGAGAGCAAGAGGAAAAGCAGAGAAAAGCAGAGGAAUUACUACAAGAGCUCAAGCACCUCAAAAUCAAAGUGGAAGAGUUGGAAAAUGAACGGAAUCAAUAUGAAUGGAAGCUGAAGGCCACUAAGGCUGAGGUGGCCCAGCUACAAGAGCAAGUGGCUCUGAAAGAUGCAGAAAUUGAGCGUCUGCAUAGCCAGCUCUCCCGGACCACAGCUCUUCACAGUGACCAUGCAGAGAGAGAUCAAGAAAUUCAACGUCUGAAGAUGGGGAUGGAAACACUGCUUGUUGCCAAUGAAGAUAAGGACCGUCGGAUAGAGGAGCUCACAGGGCUCUUGAACCAGUACCGAAGGGUGAAGGAGAUCGUGAUGGCAACUCAAGGGCCUUCAGAGAGAACUCUCUCCAUCAAUGAAGAAGAACUGGAGGGAAGUUUUAGAAAAUGGAACACUGUAAAUAAAGGCACUGAAGAAUUUAAACAAGAGAUGCCUCCAAGAUGCAGCUCUCCCACAGUGGGGCCACCUCCUUUGCCACAGAAAUCACUGGAAAGCAGGGUUCAGAAAAAACUCUCCUGUAGUCUAGAAGAUUUAAGAAGCGAAUCUGUGGAUAAGUGUGUCAAUGGGAAGCAGCUUUCUUUGGCAGUAGAACCCAAGGACAGCUCUUUCCUGGUGGAACAGAAAUACCCUACAUUACCCGGGAAGCUUUCGGGAGCCACACCCAAUGGAGAAGCUGCCAAAUCUACUUCUGCCACCUCCCAGCCCGACCCUGUAGGAAGCAACCUGCUAAGACUGAGAGACACAGAAAGCAGUUGGGAAAAUGCUGCCAUGGCCAACGAACUCUCUUCCAACUCAUCGGGUGCUGAGUCAAGCCCCCAGUCCCCCCUGACACCAGAUGGUAAACGGAGCCCCAAAGGAAUCAAGAAAUUCUGGGGAAAAAUCCGAAGAACUCAGUCAGGAAAUUUCAACACUGAUGCACCAGGGAUGGCAGAGUUUCGACGAGGUGGGCUUCGGGCAACUGCAGGACCAAGACUCUCUAGGACCAGAGAUUCUAAGGGACAGAAAAGUGAUGCCAAUGCCCCCUUUGCCCAGUGGAGCACAGAGCGUGUAUGUUCAUGGCUUGAGGACUUCGGCCUGGCUCAGUACGUGAUCUUUGCCAGGCAAUGGGUGACAUCUGGCCACACUUUACUGACAGCUACCCCUCAGGACAUGGAAAAGGAACUAGGAAUUAAGCACCCUCUUCAUAGAAAGAAACUUGUUUUAGCAGUGAAAGCCAUCAACACCAAGCAGGAAGAGAAGUCUGCGCUGCUGGAUCACAUUUGGGUGACACGGUGGCUUGAUGAUAUCGGCUUACCCCAAUAUAAAGACCAGUUUCAUGAGUCCAGAGUUGAUGGACGAAUGCUGCAAUACCUAACUGUGAAUGAUUUACUCUUCUUAAAAGUCACCAGCCAGCUACAUCAUCUCAGCAUCAAAUGUGCCAUUCAUGUGCUGCAUGUCAACAAGUUCAACCCCCACUGCCUGCAUCGGCGCCCAGCUGAUGAGAGUAACCUUUCUCCUUCAGAAGUUGUGCAAUGGUCCAACCACAGGGUGAUGGAAUGGUUGCGAUCUGUGGACCUGGCAGAGUAUGCACCCAACCUUCGAGGGAGUGGUGUCCAUGGAGGUCUUAUUAUCCUGGAACCACGAUUCACUGGGGAUACCCUGGCCAUGCUUCUCAAUAUCCCACCACAGAAGACGCUCCUCAGGCGCCACCUGACCACCAAAUUCAGUGCCCUGAUUGGUCCUGAGGCUGAACAGGAAAAGAGAGAUAAAAUGGCCUCACCAGCUUAUACACCACUGACUACCACGGCCAAAGUCCGGCCAAGGAAACUGGGAUUUUCACAUUUUGGAAACAUAAGAAAAAAGAAGUUUGAUGAAUCCACAGAUUACAUUUGCCCAAUGGAAUCUAAUGAUGCUAUCAGUGAUAGUCACCGGGUCUACAGUGGCUGCCGAGGCCUCAGCCCCCUUGAUGCUCCUGAACUGGAUGAGUUGGACCAGAUGGCGCCUUCCGAAGGCACUGUGACGCAGAUAGGGCUCCUCUCCCAAGACAUUCAUCGCCUUACGACUCUUUUGAGCCAGGACCAGCUGCUGAAUGACUCUUGCCUGGCUGCCCCCAACUCUGAUGACUGGAGAUGACAUUCUUCAUGGCCGAGAGCCCAGAGAGGCACAUGUGGGGCCCUAAGUCUUUGCCUCAAUGGGGAGCUGGCACACAGCCAUCUGUACUAUGCAGAUGGAGCUGGUGGGACAUCUCAGAUGUGGGUGCUGACAAGCAAAGCAGAAUGGUGGGACAGGUGUCCAGGAGGUGGCCCUCAUGUUCCUAAGUGUUUUCAACUGUGCUGUGUUCUUUACUGAAGCUUUUCUACCUUUUGUACUUUUAUACAUGGACUACAGACCACUUUGUGGGGAGUGCAAUGAGAUAUCAGUGCAUGGACUCAAUGGCUCAUGCUGU